AUGUCGUGGGACUCCAAGACGGCAUUGCGCCGGCGCCAAAGCAGCAACGCCGCUGCAUCCAAAAACCUCCCCAUCCACACCCGCCAACAGCCCAAGUCGACCAUCCAGCCCAAGUCGAGCCACGUAGCGGACGAGUUCCUGAAUGACUUCUUGGAUCCUUCGUUUGACCCUGCCGCGUACCUUAACGCCAAUCUGGCGCCUCUUCAGCACGGGGGCAACCAUGCAUCCCGAAGCGGGGGCCAGGCCGUUCCGCUGGCCGAACUGUCCAACGAGGCGCAGGCGCUGUUAUCUCAACUCAACAUUCACACAACGAGGCUCUCGGGCACGCUCACCCAGCUGACAGACGAAAUCUUACGGAGCGGCAGCCGACUCGCCUACGAGGUAGAACUUCUGCGAGGCGAGACAUUGAGUCUGGCCGAGACGAUGAAUGAGACGCUGCAGGAGGACAUUAAGAAAUUUGCGCCUGGCGGUCUAGAAGAGGGCGCUACAGACAAUACGGCACCCAAAGUCUUUAAUGGUGAAGAAAGGAGGGAGUCUGUCGGAAUCGCCAAGGCAGACGAGGGCGGCACGGCUGUGGAGGGAGAGACGCUCACAGAACCGCCGUACGUCCAACAGCUGCGGACAUUGACGGUGGUCCGCUCCCGCCUCGACACCGUCAUCAAGACCUUUGGCGACGCCAUGGAGUUUGUCUUCCCGCCGUCGGAGCUCUCGGUCAGCUCGUCCUUCCUAUCCGUCUCGGCGCCAGACCCCGGGUCCGAUCAGCACAGCACGGAGGAGAAGGGGCAGCAGGUCCUCCAGAAGCUGCGGGACGAGAUCUCGCAGUUGCUGACAAAGUCGGAAGACCCGGUCAAGGGGAUCGAGAAGGCGGCGCAGCGCAUCGAGGAGCUCAAGGAGCUGAACCAAGUAUGGAAGGGGACGGCAGAGGAGAAGGGCAGGACAAGGUUCAUCGAGAGCCUGGCCAAGAUGGUUGAGGACCGGCACAGGGACCUCAUGAGGGAAGUAGACCAAGCGAGCAGGAGGGAUGGGGGCGAUGGACGGGCGAGGAAAGGGAGUGUUCAUGCCGACGCAGCGGAGAACAAGACUUAUCUCGGGGGUUAUGGCUUGAUGGGCCAACUGCAGAAGCUUAGAAACGGAUUAUAG